AUGAAGCGUACACGCAAUGCUUUGUUGUCAUCAGAACUACUAUGCAAGGUUAUGAAAAUUACAGAAGAACCACGCGUUGUGAAAGAGCUGAGUGAUAUUUUACUCUUUCCCCGGGUUAAAAUAAACUCUUUGCCCUUCGUUCCACCUCCCAAGUGGACUACAGAGCUCAAUCGCAGACUGCAGAAGAGGUUUCCGGAACUUAGCCGGAAGCGACACAUUUUAUUCACACGUGCAUUUAUUCAUCCUAGUUUUACCGCACCAGAGGCAGCUUCAUCGACUAUGAAUGCAUCUAUUGGGUUGGGCGAGUCCUUACUGCUUUCUGUUGGUGGGCGUUUAGUUGUCAGUAUAUUUGAUGACCUGAGACGUGAUGAAGUAAUUUCGUUGGUUUCAUUUCUAUCCUCCGAUGCAGCCCUCAGCCACCUUUUGCGUCACCACUGGGAGUUGGAAGAUAUGGUAUUAACAGAUGCAUCAGUACAACUGUUCCAACCAAAAGCAACGCCCUCUGCCUCUAACAUUGUAUCGUGGCUGCCAGAUCAGAGGGGAAAACAGGUCCCUGAUCAGUAUUGUGCUGGAGCAGUAAAGGCAGUGAUUGGAGCAGUGUUUUUAGAUGGGGGCCUGUCGUUAGCCACGCAGUUCAUCUUCCAACACGUUCUUGAGGCACUAGAAUAG